ACUUUGAAGAUUUCUUACAGACAUAUAUUUUUAUUACGGGCGUUAUACGAAAGAUACAUGAAAGUGAAAAAAUCGAUUAUGCAGUUAAAUUUGAUUAUUGGAAGUUUCUUUAUUUUGCGUGCAAGUUGCACCAUUAGUAAAAACGACAACGAAGCGUCUAGAAGCGGAGGAACCAAUAAGGAUUCUUUUUACAAAACGAACAAAUUGUCAUUUCUAGACUUCAAGAACGACCAUCUUAAUAUAUUUAAACGUUAUUUUACUUUAUACAGUAAAAUAUACAGGCCAUUCCAAGAAUUCGACGGUAACAAAAAAUACCGAAUCUCAAAAGAUCCAGAAGAUAAUUUCAGUGACGAUAGAAUAAUUGGAAAACAUAAGCGUAAAUGGCCUAAAUAUCUAAUUGGUCGUAGUAAAAAACGUGUUAAGGAAGCGAAAAACAAGAAAAAAUUUAAAAUUGAAGAGACACGAGAAUUUUAUAUCAUCGGAAAUUCCAAGAAUAAAAGAGUGACAAAAGAAGUAAUAAUUCCGAAUCGUGGAAUAAUCUUUCAAAAAACAGUCGAGCCUUCGUAUAGAAGAAAGACUUACAUCGUCAUCACUGGUCUUAUUGGGGGAGUAGCAUUGAUUUUGCUCAUUAGCUGCAUAGUAUUUAUUUUAAAUGAAGUAGGAAUGAAUCCAGUGUAUAUAAAAAAUAAAAUGUCUACUUCAGCUGAUUAUAAUAUCGUCAAUAUUUCCUCGUCUGAUUACGAGCUUGAUGAACAUCCUAAAGAAAUAAUGGAUAAAUCUCAAUAUGUCGAAGUACCGUUGGAAUCUGAAUUAACGGUUAGACACAAUACGGAUAUUGAGUUCGUGCCAAAAGUCAGCGUAUUACCAGAAAAUAUCAGAACACCUGAAAAUGAAGAACAGCGUAAUCAAAUUAGUUCAAUGGAGAUCGUUCCUCCACAGUUAGUAAUGGAAAAACACGAAGAAUUAAUUCUAAAUAAGCGAGAUGAUGAGAUUGUUGUUUCCAUUCCUGAAAAAAGAAUAAAUGAGGAAAUAUAUUAUUAUUCUGAAGAAACUUCUACUCCCGAUCCCUUAAAAGAGUUAUUAGCUGAGGAAGUUAUAUCAGGCGUUCCUCUUGAAAUACCUGAGCCACACGAUGAAGAAAUGAGUAGAACAGAAGAGCUUCCCGUUCACAACCAUAAUUACAAAGAACAGUUAUUUCUUAAUUUUAGAAAUGAAAUUGCUAACAGGAUUGGUAAGUUCGAAUGUAAAUAUUGA